AGAAGACCGUUUCGUCGUGAAGUAUGGAACCUGGCAGAAGUUACUAUUACGAUAUCAAUAAAAAGUUACUCAUGGUAAUCGGCCAGUGGCCCUAUCAGAAGCCUAAAGACAGAAUGAUUGCCUUUGCAUUUACAAUGGUACUUGCAGUCUUUGCAUUCUUUCCACAGACGGCAAGAAUUUUCAUAUGCGAAAACGCGCAGUGUAUCUACGAAACUUUACCACUAUAUAUGUUAUGUGUGGGAGUUGUAUUGAAAAUGUUCACAUAUCAAUUUAACAGUCGGAAAAUUAAAGAUCUCACAGAUCGCUUAUUCGUAGACUGGGAAAUGCUCCAAACUAAGGAAGAACACGACAUUAUGAGAAAAUAUGCCGAAACAGGCAGAUGGUAUGCGCUGAUAUACUGCUCAUUUAUUUAUGUGGGUACCGUUAUAUUUGCAACAACCGCUCUCGUGCCACGCAUCUUGGAUGUACUGUUUCCAUUGAAUACAUCCCGUCCUGUAAUGCUCCCAUAUCCGGCAUACUAUUUCGUUGACGAAAAUCAAUAUUUCUACUAUAUUUUUUGCCAUGAGUUAUUUACCGGCUGUAUAGGUAUGACUGGAUUAAUCGCGCACGAUACAACGUUUUUCGUUUACGUCGAACACGUCUGCGGUCUUUUCGCCAUCGUUGGAUUUAGAUUUGAGCAUGUGUCACAUAAACGUAGUACUAUGGAAAAAAAUAUGCUCAAUCAUCCGGAUGCCGUGUAUCACAAGAAUAUUGUGAUUUCGAUUUACGCUCAUCAUAAGGCUUUACAGUGAGUGUGUAACAAACGUAGUAUAUAUUUCUCUUGUUAAUCCUAAUGUAAAUUUAAUAAUCUUUGAUAAACCAUGAUAGAUUACG